AUGGCAACGACUUCAAUCUUCAAAAAUCUUCCAUCAAACUUUACAAUUUCAGAAGACAAAAGUCAUGCAGUAUUAUCGGUUCCCAUUGAACAAUCGGAUAAUGAUGAUAGAUCUUAUAAACUUAUUAGAUUAAGUAAUGAACUAGAAGCAUUACUUAUUCAUGAUGCUAAUACUGAUAAAUCAAGUGCUUCUUUGGACGUUAAUGUCGGUUAUUUCUGUGACCCUGAAAGUUUAUCAGGACUUGCACAUUUUUGUGAACAUUUAUUAUUUAUGGGAACUGAAAAAUACCCAAAAGAAAAUGAAUAUUUAGAUUAUCUAUCACAACAUAAUGGAAAUGCAAAUGCUUUUACUAGUACCAAUGACACUAAUUAUCAUUUUGGUGUUGGACCUGAAUUUUUGGAAGGUGCUUUGGAUAGGUUUGCUCAAUUUUUUAUAGCACCGUUAUUUGAUCCAAAUUGUGUUGAUAGAGAAAUCUGCGCGGUUGAUUCCGAGAACAAUAAGAAUUUGCAAUUAGAUGGUUGGAGAUUAUAUCAAUUAGAAAAGUCAUUAUCAAACUCAAAACAUCCUUAUUCAAGAUUCGGUACAGGAAAUUUGGAAACACUUAAAGAAAAUCCAAUUAAACAAGGAUUAAAUAUUAGAGAUGAAUUAUUAAAAUUUCAUGAAAAAUAUUAUUCAGCAAAUAUUAUGAAAUUGGUCGUACUUGGUAAAGAAUCAUUAGAUCAACUUACUCAAUGGGUUAUUGAGAAAUUUUCUGCUAUUAAAAAUAAAAAUGUUCCAAUACCUACUUUUGAUGGACAUCCGUUAACUGAGAAUGAAUUAUUGAAACAAGUUUUUGCUAAACCCGUAAAAGAUAAUCGCAGCUUAAAAAUAAAGUUUCCGUUCCCAGACCUAAGUUCAUUAUAUCGCUUUAUGCCUGAAAGAUAUUUGAGUCAUUUGAUUGGACAUGAAGGAAGCGGAUCGUUAUUUACUUUGUUGAAAAAGAAAGGAUGGGUAAAUUCUUUAGGCGCCUAUUACCAAGGAGAUAUUGGAUUUGGAUUUUUCAUAGUUUCAAUAGAUCUUACUGAAUCUGGAUUGGCUAAUUAUGAAGAUGUAGUAGUGCACAUAUUUCAAUAUAUUGAGAUGUUGAAACAAGUUGGAAUUCAAGAAUGGACUUAUCAUGAAAUUAAAAAAAUACGAGAAAUUUCAUUUAGAUUCAGGGAAAAAUAUGCACCAACAGGAUAUACUACAAAUUUAUCUAUGAUGAUGCAAAAGCCUUACCCGAGAGAAUGGAUUCUUAGUACAUCUUUGAUCAGAGAAUUUGAUUCAAAAUUAAUUAAUGAAUUACUUGAUUUACUUCGACAUGAUAAUUUUGUUCUUAGAUUAUCCAGUCAAUCUUUUACUGGAUUAGAUCAAAAAGAGAAGUGGUAUGGAACUGAAUAUAAAGUAGAACCUUUAAGUGAUAAACUUAUUCAGGCUUUGAAGAAUAUCACGACACAUUCUGAAUUGAAAUUACCGGAAAUUAAUGAAUUCAUUCCAACCGAUUUUGAAACAUACAAGAAAGAAAUUUCGACGCCUGCCAAAAGACCAGAUAUAAUCAAAGAUACGCAAAUUAGUCGAUUAUGGUAUAAAAAAGACGAUACAUUUUGGGUUCCAAAAGCCAAUAUUUAUGUUUUGUUGAAUAGCCCACUUGCUUAUGCCACACCAUUAUAUCACGUUAAAACUCGGCUUUAUUCCGAAUUAAUUAAAGAUGCUUUAAAUGAAUAUUUAUACAAUGCUCAAAUGGCAGGUGUAUAUUAUGGUAUUAGUUAUCGGCCUCAAGGGUUAUCAUUAUCAAUAAGCGGAUAUAAUGAUAAAUUACCGGUUUUAUUAGAAAAAGUUGUAAAUAAAAUGAAAAAUCUCAAGGUUGAUCCUGAAAGAUUUUCAUUAAUCAAAGAAAAAGUUCAGAGAUCAUAUAAAAAUUUUCUAUUGAAUUCUCCAUCUCAACAUUCAGAAUACUAUUUAGAUUAUUUAACGAUUGAUCGUCUUUGGUUAAAUGAGGAAAAGUUAGAAGCAUUAGAAAGUAUUAAAUAUGAAGAUAUAGAAAUAUUUUAUGCAAAAUUACUUGAUCAAUUAUAUAUUGAAAUAUUAAUUCAUGGUAAUAUAUUAAAGGAUAAUGCAAUUAAAAUAUCCCAAAAAAUUGAAGAGAUUCUUCAACCAAAAGCUCUUUUACCAUCACAAUCAAUUAGAUCAAGAUCAAUAAUGAUUCCAAAAGGAAAAAAAUUUACAUAUCAAAGAGAUGUUUUUGAUUCAGACAACGUUAAUUCUGCUGUUGAAUAUUAUAUACAAAUUUGUGAUUUUAAAAAUAGAGAGUUAAGGAUAAGAUCAAAUAUAAUGUCUAAACUCGCUCAUGAGCCUUGUUUUGAUCAAUUGAGAACAAAAGAACAAUUAGGUUAUUUAGUUUCUAGUGGAUUAAGACUUGAAUCAGGAUCUACUGGAUUAAGAAUUAGAGUACAAAGUAUAAAAGAUACUGUUCAUUUGGAAAAUAGAAUCGAAAAUUUCUUGUAUGGAUUACAGAAAAUAAUUGAAGAUAUGUCAGAACAAGAAUAUCAAACGAGAGUUCAAGCAUUAAUUGAUAGGAAACUAGAAAAACCUAAAAAUUUAUCACAAGAAACUUCUAGACAUUGGGGUCAAAUUAAAUCCGGAUAUUAUGAUUUUGAACAAGAUGUUAAGGAUGUAGAAGAGAUACGUAAAGUCUCAAAACAAGAUCUUUUUGAAUUUUAUAAGAAAUUUAUUAGUCCAGAUUCACCACGUCAUAAAAAACUUUCGGUACAUUUAAGGUCACAAAAGUUGAAUAAAUCAAAUGAUAUUGUAAACGGAGAGAAAAAAGGUGAUGAUGAGGAAGUGAAAUCCGAAGAGUUAGAAUUGGAAUUGAAAGGUUAUAAUGAAAUCAUUAAUGAUAUGGUAUUAUGGAAAAGUCGAAUGAACUUGGGUCCAUCUGCGACUCCUAUUGAUGAUGAUAUAAUUAGUAAAGCGAGAGUCAUUUAA